AUGACAUUGUCGCCGUCUGAACAACAAUUGUCCGCUAUAUCGGUCACAGAGCGUGUCUGCUCUGUCUUCUCCCUCAUUGGAACCUUUGUCAUCGUCACGACCUUUAUUGGAUCAUGCUCGUUCCGAAAACCAAUCAACCGGUUGGUAUUCUACGCUUCCUGGGGCAAUAUCAUGGCCAAUAUUGCGACACUGAUCUCACAAGACGGUAUUCAUGCUGGCGUUGAGGGCUCUUUAUGCCAGUUCCAGGCUUUUCUGAUUCAAUGGUUCAUGCCAGCAGAUGCCUUGUGGACCUUGGCCAUGGCUUGCAAUGUAUACUUGACAUUUUUCCACAAGUACAACUCAGAGCAGCUACGUCGAUUGGAAUGGAAGUAUGUCCUCUGCUGCUAUGGUCUUCCCUUUAUUCCUUCAUUCGUGUACUUUUUUGUCAAGACGCAAGCCCGAGGUCAUGUAUAUGGCUCUGCCAUUUUAUGGUGCUGGGUAGCUUUACCGUGGGAUUAUCUUCGAAUCGCUGUCUUCUACGGACCUGUCUGGUUUGUCAUAUCCUUAACAUUCGCCAUUUAUCUUCGAGCUGGGUCAGUGAUAUACCAGAAGCGUCGUCAACUCCGAGUCCUCGGGGCCAUCGAAUCAUUUGAUUCUGAAGGCAAUUCCGCAAUACCCCCCAUUAAAUGCGCGGGUAUUCAGGUCACCCACGAGAUUGCCUACUCUUUACCGGAGUGCCGGUAUAUGUCGACAAGCGAUGCCAGGGCAGCCAGUGAUCUUCCAGUUUCACCAUUUAGUCCAUACUCGGUGACAAUUGAAGGUGGCCCUUUCGAGCCUAUGGCAUUUUCCCAGCCCCAACAAUCUAGCCCACGGCCUCAACCCAGUAACCGUCGAGCAGAGAUCCCUCUCAAGGCAAUGCGCUCCGAAGGGGCUGACUAUAAUUCUCAUAGACGGACUAGCUCAGAGAAUAAUUCUGCAGCUUGGGCGUAUACCAAGUAUGCAAUGUUAUUUUUCAUUGCUUUGCUUGUGACUUGGGUUCCCUCCACUGCCAACAGAGUAUACGCUCUUGCUCGUCCGGACGAUUUCUCUUUCGGUCUGAAUUACGCCUCUAGCUUUGUUCUCCCACUACAGGGAUUCUGGAACAGUCUCAUUUAUGUCUCGAUUUCUUGGCCUGCGUUUAAAGCUCUCUGGGUAGAUUUACGUCAUAAGACGAUGAUACACAGAUUCUCCAAGUCCUAG